ACAAUUACAAAAUGGCGUUGCACGCUCGGCGGGUCAGCAGCCUCAUGCUGAGGAUGGGGCGGUUUGGGCCGUUACCCACUCGGCAGUUGACAGCCACUUCACAGCCUGUACGCUCCUUGUACGAUCAGAAGCAGCCCAUGCCUCAAGGAGCAACGAACACUGCCAGUAACAACCUGAGCUUGGUACCUUACAGACAGAAGAGCUCAUCCCCCGUCCCUGCCCCCAAAGAUAGUAAAGCUGAGUAUGUUGUGGCCAGGAUGGAUGACCUCAUCAACUGGGCAAGAAGGAGUUCCUUGUGGCCGAUGAUGUUUGGGCUCGCCUGCUGUGCGAUAGAGAUGAUGCACAUGGCAGCGCCACGCUAUGACAUGGACCGAUUUGGUGUGGUCUUCCGUGCCAGCCCGCGGCAGGCCGACGUGAUGAUCGUGGCUGGCACGCUGACAAACAAGAUGGCUCCUGCUCUUAGGAAGGUAUACGAUCAGAUGCCCGAGCCCAGAUGGGUCAUUUCCAUGGGAAGUUGUGCGAAUGGUGGGGGCUAUUACCAUUAUUCUUAUGCUGUCGUCCGAGGCUGUGAUCGAAUUGUUCCAGUGGAUAUUUAUGUACCAGGAUGCCCACCUACUGCUGAAGCACUCUUGUAUGGCGUUCUUCAACUCCAGAAAAAAAUCAAGCGAGCCCAAAAUCUCACCAUGUGGUAUCGCAGAUAGAUCAGCCCUUGGACCAGACCUAACGGACCUAGCAGUGUGGUCAGAAAGACGGCCUGGGCCCAAUAGGUUGACUUUGCCAACCACAGAACUGGACACCACUCACACAUCACAUUUGGCACUGAGUUUGUAAGCACAGAAGCUGUAACGGAAACGCAGCGUGGAAACUCCUUGCUACUGUGAAGAAUGUAUAUUCAAUUACAUUUAUAUCGUCAACUCUUUGUAAAAAGCACUCUUGUAACAAAAAAGUGUUAUAAGGCUCCCCAAAAAAGUCUCCGAUUUCUGGUUUCCGCGCGCAUCACCGUAGACCAGUGCGUUGGCAAAAUAAUUUUUUUUUAAAUUUUCAUAAAACGUUUCCAAAAGCUGCCAAACUUAAUUGAUCGGCAGGAAUUCUGCAACCACGUAAUUUUAAUGUGUUUUGGAUGGGUGGGGUUGAGUAAUAUGUACAGUGAAGGAAUCCCCCAGGCCUCCAUAUAUUUCAGUCGGGCACUCUUAUCAGAUGACGUCAUUCGUGUAUCUUUACACGAAGGCCGUGUCUGAAUCAGUUGGCUGCGGCUUGAUAUUAUGGAUGAUUCUACGGGAACUGACCGUGGAUGCUACCAAAUACUUGGUGCAAUUUCCAGCCGUAGCCAAUUGAUUCGGACCCUGCCUACGUCUGUGACCAAGACAAAUGAAGUGGUCUUACGUCCUGCUUACGUAUACAAAUUGAAAAUGCUUUUAAGCAACCAAACCGUGAGGGGCCAGUCUAUUUCAGUGUUGGUGAGGCAGUGGUG